CGAGCGGAGGGGGUGGAGAGCGAGAAAGAGAGAGAGAGAGAGAGAGAGACUGCAAUAUCAUUUGUGAAUUGCUCGCACAGUGGCGCAGAUAGGGGCUGCGAACAGACGCGCUGCUGUUGCAAGUGCGCGGAUCGGAGUGUGCCGUGAGAACCUGAGGACCGGGAGAAUGCGGGACAGAGGAAAUAAUCUUCUCUCGCUGGAUGUUUACGAAUAUUUCCAAGACGUCAUCUAACUGGAUUACAGUUUAUUCAGAAUAUAUUAUUUGUUCUCAUCACUCUUCAGUUUUGAUCCCGCAUCACUAAACCGUGCUGGGCUGCGGACUUUUCUCUCCUUUGCUCGCCAACUGAGAGCACUCCGAGGCACGGAGCGUACGCGUGCAUGUGUUAAGUCGUCGGUGAAGAAAAAUCUGAGCAGUUGUAAGCGUUUGCACGGGGCAUCGGACAGUGUAUUCGAGUCUAACCUGACGCCGCACGGUGCAACGACAGAGGGACAGCCCGGCAAAGUUCUCAGCGUUUGCGCCUGUUUGGUGCGUUAUAUUAUUUCAUUUUAAUCAUUUUAUUUUUUAAAUCAAUUUUGGAAAAUAUUGUCCGCAAGGAAAAAUAUAAACAGGAUUAUUGAACUGAAAUGAUCAUGAACCCACAUCCUUCAAUGACUGUUUGAGUGUAAGUUGAUUCAUUAUUGGAGGAAAAACGAACUCGGCAGAUAAUUCUGAUAUGUUUCCAAACGUCGAAAUGAUGGACGAGCCUCAGUAAUUUUUUGAUCAAUUGCUAUUUCGGAGUCAAACUCCCUAACGAAUUCGUUACAUAUGGCUGGGGAAAACGGACAGUUCGCGUCCUGUUAGCGGGAGACGUGGCUUCGAAGAAGGGACUGAGGAAUCUGUCAUAGCGGGGAAGGAGGUGCAAAUCUGGACAGAGGCUGGGAUCUAUUGCAGGCGAAGCAGUGUAUGUAAUCUGGACCAUGAAUCCACACGCCUCUUGAAACACCAGACUACGCUUCGCAUCUGAAUCUAUCACUUCAACUGAUUUUUUUGUGUAAAAUCCCAAUUUGUGUUUUUCAUUACAAGAAAAACAAGGUUAACGACUACCUAGAAUCAUGAGGACUACUGGUGCAGUGGACUAUUUGUGCUACUCGAUGCUCAUCCUGCAGCUGCUGACUCAGCCCGCCGCCAAGAAAGUGCUCCGCUACCGCUUGGCAGAGGAGGGUCCCGCCGAUAUCCGAAUAGGAAAUGUAGCCGCCGACCUGGGCAUUGUAGCCGGCUCUGGUGAGGUUACUUUCACCCUGGAGUCGGGCUCAGAAUAUUUCAAAAUCGACAACAUUACUGGGGAGCUUAGUACGCACGAAAGGCGGAUAGACCGCGAGAAAUUACAGCAGUGCCAGAUGAUUUUUGAUGAGAAUGAAUGUUUCAUAGAUUUUGAAGUCUCAGUUAUUGGACCGGCGCAAAGCUGGUUAGAUUUGUUUGAAGGGAAAGUUAUAAUUCUGGACAUUAACGACAACACGCCUUCUUUUCCGUCUCCUGUUCUGACUCUGUCUGUGGAAGAAAACAGACCAAUUGGCACGCUAUAUCUUUUGCCCACGGCAACCGACCGUGAUUUCGGCAGGAAUGGAAUUGAGAGAUAUGAGCUCAUUCAGGACAGCGGCGACUCUGUGAGACGAAUGGGCUCUAGUUCAGGGAGCAAUGGGGACUCUCACUCUGGCAAAAGGCGGUUUGAUGACAGCUCUCGGAACAGCUUCUUUGAGUUGCAAGUCGCUGACACUACUGACGGCGAGAAACAGCCGCAGCUUAUCAUUAAAGGCGCGCUGGAUAGAGAGCAGCGGGACUCCUAUGAACUGACGCUGCGCGUGAAAGAUGGGGGCGAUCCGGCACGCUCCUCACAGGCUAUUCUGAGAGUGAUGAUUACGGAUGUGAAUGACAACAGCCCGCGCUUUGAGAAAAGCGUGUAUGAGGCUGACCUACCGGAAAACAGCCCCCCUGGCGCCCCCAUCCUCCAAUUAAAAGCCAUGGAUGCCGAUGUCGGCGUGAACGGUCAAAUUGAGUAUGUGUUUGGCGCCGCCACUGAGUCCGUGCGGAGGCUCCUUAGGCUGGACGAGAGCACAGGCUGGCUGAGCGUGCUCCACAGGAUUGACCGCGAGGAGGUGAGCCAGCUGCGUUUCACUGUGAUGGCACGCGACCGCGGGCAGCCUCCCAAGACAGACAAGGCCACUGUUGUUCUGAAUAUUAAAGAUGAGAAUGAUAACGUGCCAAAUAUUGACAUACGCAAGAUUGGCCGCAUCUACCUGCGUGAUGGAGUGGCCAACGUGGCAGAGGAUGUGGUAGUGGACACACCCAUCGCACUGGUACAAGUGUCAGAUCGUGACCAGGACCAGAAUGGAUUUGUGACGUGCACUGUGGUGGGUGACGUUCCCUUCCAGCUAAAGCUGACAAGUGAGAAUGAUGGGGAGAUGAACAAGAAGAAGUAUUUCCUGCACACGUCCGCUGCGCUGGACUAUGAAGCUGUGCAGGAGUACACUGUGGUCAUCGUGGCGGUGGACUCGGGCAGCCCUAGCCUGUCCAGCAACAACUCGCUCCUGGUGAAGGUGGGCGACACCAACGACAACCCACCCAUCUUUGGCAAGAGUACGGUGGAGGUGUCGUUUCCGGAGAACAACGCUCCUGGCGAACGGGUGACGACAGUGCGGGCCACGGAUGCAGACAGCGGUAAGAAUGCCGAGAUCUCAUACUCUCUCGACAACUCCGUCAACGGCAUCUUCUCCAUCAACGCAGACACCGGGGACAUCCAGGUGAACACCAUCCUGGACCGGGAGCAGACGGAGAGAUACGAGUUCAAGGUGGUGGCCAAGGACAAGGGCAUGCCCAUCCUCCAGGGGUCAGCCACGGUGGUCGUGCUGGUGGCGGACAAGAACGACAACGAGCCCAAGUUCAUGCAGGACGUAUUCACGUUCUACGUGAAGGAGAACCUGCCGCCCAACAGCCCUGUUGGCAUGGUGACCGUCAUGGACGCCGACAAAGGCCCCAACGCCCAGAUGAGUCUCUUCAUAGAGGAAGAGGAGGAGAUCUUUUCCAUCGAGAACAACACUGGCACCAUCUUCUCCACAGUGUCAUUUGACCGCGAGCAGAAGACACAGUACUCAUUCCGGGUUAAGGCAGUGGACGGAGGUGACCCACCACGCUCCGCUACGGCCACCGUGUCACUCUUUGUGAUGGACGAGAACGACAACCCUCCCGCCGUCAUCUUCCCCCUCAACAACACGUACACACUUCUGCCGCCGGCCAGCACCGUCCAGACAGUGGUCCGCACUGUGGUCGCCACCGACACCGACACGGGCUCCAACGCUGACCUGAACUUCAGCAUCAUUGGCGGCAACCCAUACAAGCUGUUCGAGAUGGACCGUGCCACCGGGGUCAUCUCGCUGGUGGGCAAGCUGGAACAGAAGCACUACGGCCUCCACCGGCUAGUGGUGCUGGUCAACGACAGCGGGCAGCCAUCGCAGAGCACCACCACGCUUGUCCACGUCUUUGUCAACGAGAGCGUGUCCAACUCCUCGGUGGUGGAGGCCCUGGUGGCCAGGAGCCUGGGCACGCCGCUGAACGCCGACAUCGCCGGCGACCCCAACUACGACCUGAGCAAGCAGCGGCUGAGCAUCGUCAUCGGCGUGGUGUCGGGCAUCAUGACGGUGGUCCUCAUCAUCCUGGUGGUGGUGAUGGCGCGCUACUGCCGCCCCAAGAACAAGAACGGCUACGAGGCGGGCAAGAAGGACCACGAGGACUUCUUCACUCCACAGCAGCACGACAAAGGCAAGAAGCAGUCCAAGAAGGACAAGAACAAGAAGAAGUCCAAGCAGCCACUCUACAGCAGCAUCGUCACCGUGGAGGCGUCCAAACCCAACGGUCAGCGCUACGACGGCGUCAACGAGAAGCUCUCCGACAGCCCCGGCAUGGGACGCUACCGCUCAGUCAACGGGGGUCCCGGGAGCCCCGACUUGGCCCGACACUACAAGUCCAGCUCCCCCCUGCCCACCGUCCAGCUGCACCCACAGUCCCCCACGGCGGGGAAAAAGCACCAAGCUGUGCAGGAUCUGCCUCCCGCCAACACCUUUGUGGGAACCGGAGAUAACAUAUCCCUCGGAUCGGACCACUGCUCCGAAUACAGCACUCAAACCAUCAACAAAUACAACAAACAGGAGAAAAAGAACAUUAAAAACACUCGGCCCCUGCCUGACGUAGCCAUGACCGGCAAGUGCACGCGCGAAUGUGACGAGUACGGCCACUCGGACGCUUGCUGGAUGCCCGUGCGCACGUCGCCUGAGCGCCGGCCCAAGCAGCCGCAGGUCGCCAGCAGCCAGCAGCCCCCCAAGCUUUCAACCUUCAUGACCUCCGGCGGCGGUGGGGCCUCGGGUGAGCAGGCGGCCAAUUCGGACUCGCCGCUGGCGGUGGCCAAUGGCGACGCGGCGGCGACGGGGGCAGUGGGAGUGCACCACCACCUGCUCGGCGACCGCAACCGCAACCUGCUCAACAAGAAGAUGUCUGCCUCGUCCUCAUCCUACGACGCCUUCGCCACCGCCAGCUACGCCGCCAGCGCACCCGACGACCCCAGCCGCCCCCCCGAGGACAUCCCACUGGCCCAGACGGGCGACUACAAGCCCACCACCUGCGGCACACUCACCCGCCGAGAGGUCUACCUGUGACCGCCGCACCAGCCGCCAAUCGCCAAUCAAAACUAAGAAGAAACAUACAAACAAAAAAACGCAAAGAAUUGUAUCAGUAACACCCGUCCUACCAUCAACACUAAAAUCUAACACACACACACACACACACACACACACACACACACACAAAACCACCCUCUUGAGACUCUCGUUUUAGAGCCCAAAAUGGACUUCCUCCUUCCCACAAGAGGAAAAAAAACACGACUGCCGUGCUCAAAGGACAAGAGAAAUAAACGAUACCCUUUGGUUGAUUCUCUUGAGGAUCGUUCUCACCAAAACCUUUACUCUUUCUUUCGCUUAUUUUAACUAUCUGCUUAACGAACGACUAACUCAUACUUUUAAAAUCAAGACAAGUUGAUGAGUAGGACAAAAGGGUGACUAGCGAGGAGGCAAAGAAGGGGGAAAGGGCGGGGUUGAUGGCAAGCCAAUUGGAUGUUUUGCUGCUGGCGAUUUCGGGCCUCUCGAACUAUUCUUUAGCUGACUGAUUACCCCACCCAUUGUAUAAUGUCGACUGUAUCAUCGUAACGUGCAUGCAUAACCAAGCCCCUUGGAGACAUGGACUACUGGCGCUAAACGAAGGUCCUACCUGCUAUCUUUCUAGAUCGCUUUUUUUCUACAACUCUAUACUGGCAUGAGGAGAGACUCUGACCAAGGUACUUCUUGUACUUCAUGGUACUGAUGUUCAUGGACGGAUGGGCAAAGCUUGUUCAAGGAUCUGCCCAUAUCACCAUGGUAUGCAACCAUCAUCAACGAGGCUCGAACCAAUCAAACUGAGUCAGCAUUGUAACAGUAGACCAAAAAUAGACUGCAGGAAAAAAAUCCAAAUUUACAGAAACCUGAAGGAAGAGGAACAAAGCAAAUGGGAAAGCAAGGAUAUUCCCAUAGCAACAAGCGAUCUCAAAGACGCUCAUAUGUCUGUUUUUUUUUUUUAAUUUGAUUUUAUUGCUUCUUUUUUUUCACCUGUCAUGGCAACCAAGUUUGAGGAUUACUCUUGUGUUGUGUUUUUUUUAAUAACGAGAAUCUGGGCCGCAAAAUCUAACACUACGCCUGUGGAUGCCUGUUGAAAAAUUGUUAGUCCACGACGUGCGCUGUAAACUGUGAACUCACGCGCAAACUUGUGUGCUCUCUUUCUCACGCCAACCACUUGCGCACGCGCACACACACUCUGAGACAUGUGUUUGUGUGUGUGUGCUUACACUCUGUACAUAAAUAUAGUGUACACAUAAUGGACACAUGCUUUAAAUCGAUAUCCCAACUUCACACUCACUCUCCUGCCCCCUCACCCCUCUCACUCCCUCCUUCCCUGUCCAGUCUCUUUCUCUUUCCUUGGUAAUCUCCGAGAGUUAGCCGAAAAUAACCCAAGGGGACCUUAUUUAACCAAGACCAGUCGUGUGGUUGCUAGUCUUUGCCUGAACGCUGUGAAUAUGUGUCAAUGUGGUUGUGAAUAUCACAUCUGGAGAAAAACAAGACAAUUACUUACUCCUUCAAAAUUUCAAUUAAACAUACUUUUGUUUUGGUCAGACAUUUUAGUGAUGACCCCUGCAAGAUGUCUAGCAGGAACAAUUGCCCAAAACACCUGACCACACUACAAGAAUAUGUUCAUAUAUGUGGGCUAGUCUUUAACAAACAACAGGUGAAGGCAAACAAUGUUCAAGGGAAUCCUUGGCUAGCAACGUCAAGGUAGUGAGCAGCAUACAUACAUACAAACAUACAUACACCCCGCAUCCGCCCACUAGACCAAUCAGCUACUUCAAGUUGUACGCACACACAUACACAUUUUUACACACACACACACACACAGUAUCUCACACUGACAGUACAAAC